AUGUGGCAUGAGCAGGAUGUAGAGAAUCCCGGCAACUAUUCGGCUUAUAGGCAAUAUAAAGUGAACGGCAGACAAGGUGGAGAAGUACUCCUGCUGGUUAAAGCCGCUUACACUCAAUGGGACUCACCAAUAAAACUGGCGACACCUAAUAUCCAAACCAAGGCCUGUAUUAUCCUCUUUGGAAGACGACCGUUAGGAAUGCUACUUGUCUAUUUCGCACCUCAGGCGAAACGCACAGAAGAUAUGGAAAUGCCUGAUACAAUGCAGGAAUUCCUAAUUCCAAGGGAUCUUAAUCCUGGGUGA